AUGAGAUUUUACCUGUAUUACCUGGUGCUUUUGGGCUUCAGUUCUGUCAUCUCCACCUAUGGGCCUCAUCAGAGAGCACAGAAGACUGGGGAUAUUCUGCUGGGCGGGCUGUUUCCAAUGCACUUUGGUGUUACCUCCAAAGACCAAGACCUGGCAGCGCGGCCAGAAUCCACAGAGUGUGUACGGUACAAUUUCCGGGGAUUCCGUUGGCUUCAGGCCAUGAUUUUUGCAAUAGAGGAGAUCAACAACAGCAGUACUCUCCUGCCCAACAUCACACUGGGCUACAGGAUCUUUGACACCUGCAACACCGUGUCCAAGGCCCUGGAGGCUACCCUCAGUUUCGUAGCACAGAAUAAGAUUGACUCUCUGAACUUGGAUGAAUUCUGUAACUGCACAGAUCACAUCCCAUCGACUAUAGCAGUGGUGGGGGCUUCUGGGUCUGCAGUCUCCACUGCUGUUGCCAAUCUGUUGGGCCUCUUCUACAUCCCACAGAUCAGCUAUGCCUCUUCCAGUCGCCUGCUGAGCAACAAGAACCAGUUCAAAUCCUUCAUGAGGACCAUUCCCACAGAUGAGCACCAGGCCACUGCCAUGGCAGAUAUCAUCGACUACUUCCAAUGGAAUUGGGUCAUUGCAGUGGCGUCUGAUGAUGAGUAUGGACGUCCAGGGAUUGAAAAAUUUGAGAAAGAGAUGGAAGAACGAGACCUUUGUAUCCAUCUGAGUGAGCUGAUCUCUCAGUACUUUGAGGAGUGGCAGAUCCAAGGAUUGGUUGACCGUAUUGAGAACUCCUCAGCUAAAGUUAUUGUCGUUUUUGCCAGUGGGCCUGACAUUGAGCCUCUUAUCAAAGAGAUGGUCAGACGGAACAUCACCGACCGCAUCUGGUUGGCCAGCGAGGCUUGGGCAACUACCUCCCUCAUCGCCAAACCAGAGUACCUUGAUGUUGUAGUUGGGACCAUUGGCUUUGCGCUCAGAGCAGGCGAAAUACCUGGCUUCAAAGACUUCUUACAAGAGGUCACGCCAAAGAAAUCCAGCCACAAUGAGUUUGUCAGGGAGUUUUGGGAGGAGACUUUUAACUGCUAUCUGGAAGACAGCCAGAGAUUGAGAGACAGUGAGAAUGGGAGCACCAGUUUCAGACCAUUGUGUACUGGCGAGGAGGACAUUAUGGGUGCAGAGACCCCAUAUCUGGAUUACACUCAUCUUCGUAUUUCCUAUAAUGUGUAUGUUGCAGUUCACUCCAUUGCACAGGCCCUGCAGGACAUUCUCACCUGCAUUCCUGGACGGGGUCUUUUUUCUAACAACUCAUGUGCAGAUAUAAAGAAAAUAGAAGCAUGGCAGGUUCUCAAGCAGCUCAGACAUUUAAACUUCUCAAACAGUAUGGGAGAAAAGGUACAUUUUGAUGAGAAUGCUGAUCCGUCAGGAAACUACACCAUUAUCAAUUGGCACCGGUCUCCUGAGGAUGGUUCUGUUGUGUUUGAAGAGGUCGGCUUCUACAACAUGCGAGCUAAGAGAGGAGUACAACUUUUCAUUGAUAACACAAAGAUUCUGUGGAAUGGAUAUAAUACUGAGGUGCCAUUCUCUAACUGUAGUGAAGAUUGUGAACCAGGCACCAGAAAGGGGAUCAUAGAAAGCAUGCCAACGUGUUGCUUUGAAUGUACAGAAUGCUCAGAAGGAGAGUAUAGUGAUCACAAAGACGCCAGUGUUUGUACCAAGUGUCCCAAUGACUCAUGGUCUAAUGAGAACCACACAUCCUGUUUCCUGAAGGAGAUAGAGUUUCUGUCUUGGACAGAGCCCUUUGGGAUCGCCUUGGCAUUAUGCUCUGUGCUGGGGGUAUUCUUGACAGCAUUCGUGAUGGGAGUGUUUAUCAGAUUUCGCAACACCCCAAUUGUUAAGGCCACAAACAGAGAGCUAUCCUACCUCCUCCUGUUCUCACUCAUCUGCUGUUUCUCCAGCUCCCUCAUCUUCAUUGGUGAACCCCAGGACUGGACAUGCCGUCUACGCCAGCCUGCAUUCGGGAUAAGUUUUGUUCUCUGCAUCUCCUGCAUCCUGGUCAAAACUAACCGAGUACUUCUAGUGUUCGAAGCCAAGAUCCCCACCAGUCUCCAUCGUAAGUGGUGGGGGCUAAACUUGCAGUUCCUGUUGGUGUUCCUGUUCACAUUUGUGCAAGUGAUGAUAUGUGUGGUCUGGCUUUACAAUGCUCCUCCUGCGAGCUACAGGAACCAUGACAUUGAUGAGAUCAUUUUCAUUACAUGCAAUGAGGGCUCUAUGAUGGCGCUCGGCUUCCUAAUUGGGUACACAUGCCUGCUGGCAGCCAUAUGCUUCUUCUUUGCAUUUAAAUCACGAAAACUGCCAGAGAACUUUACCGAGGCUAAGUUCAUCACCUUCAGCAUGCUCAUCUUCUUCAUCGUCUGGAUUUCUUUCAUCCCUGCCUACUUCAGCACUUAUGGAAAGUUUGUGUCGGCUGUGGAGGUCAUCGCCAUACUAGCCUCCAGCUUUGGACUGCUGGCCUGUAUUUUCUUCAAUAAAGUCUACAUCAUCCUCUUCAAACCGUCCAGGAACACUAUAGAGGAGGUUCGCUGUAGCACUGUGGCCCAUUCUUUCAAAGUGGCAGCCAAGGCCACUCUGAGACACAGCUCAGCCUCCAGGAAGAGGUCCAGCAGUGUGGGGGGAUCCUGCGCCUCAACUCCCUCCUCAUCCAUCAGCCUCAAGACCAAUGACAAUGACUCCCCAUCAGGUCAGCAGAGAAUCCAUAAGCCAAGAGUAAGCUUUGGAAGUGGAACAGUUACUCUGUCCUUGAGCUUUGAGGAGUCCAGAAAGAAUUCUAUGAAGUAG